UUGAAUUUGGUGGUGGUGAUUCCGGACGUGAUUUUAGGCAGAUUAUUAGUUUUCAUUGAGAUUUUUCAUUUUUCAAAAUUACUCGGGCUGUCAGACUCUAAAUUUCAAUUAAAAUUUUUCAAUUAUAAAUUCCCACAUUUUUUUAUUUUUAUGACUGUGUAAAUUAACUUUAUUGUCAGUAUGGCUUACAUGGGACACAACUAUGGGUCGACAGACCAGCGGACGGUCCCGGACGUUGGUUUCAGUCCUACAGAAUUGUACAAUUUGAGUGAAAAUAUAACGAGUCAUAUUUAUGCGAUAAAUGCGAGCUGGAAGGAUAUGGAGCGAGCUGCUAAACACAUUGGCACCAAGAGAGACACCAGAGGCUUACGCGAACAAGUACAAGCGACACAGAGAACGACGAACAAUAUUGUCACCCAAACGAGUCGGGACAUCGCGAGGAUUGCGGUGCUGAUGAAAAGAGGCGACAAAGAACAGAAACUGCAAAUUGAGAAACUGACGACUGACUUCAAAGACGCUCUGAGGAGAUAUUCGGAUAUGCAACAGACCGUUUUACAAUUAAUGAAAAGGCAUGUAUUACAAGAUGUUGAUUUUGAUAAUUACAAUUUCGAAAGUGAUGAAGAUAUAGGGGAGCAAAAAGAAUGGGCUCUGCAAGAUUCAUUACAACGUCAUGAACAAAGAGUUUUAGAAUUUGAACGGGGAAUGUUAUUAGAACGUGAAGAUUUGCUAAAUAAAUUAGAAGGUGAUAUACUAGAUGUUAAUCAAAUAAUGCGAGAAUUAGGUGCUUUAGUUAAUCAACAAGGAGGUUCAAUUGAUACAAUAGAAAACAGUAUAGAAAAUGUCUACGGAAAUGUCGGACUCGGUGCCCAAGAAUUAUCUCGAGCAAGUGGUUAUCAAAAUAAAUAUCGUAAAAAACUACUUUUCAUACUUUUACUAGCUCUAGUUAUUGUUAUUAUUUUAAUUGUCGUUCUAGUCACAAAAUAUAGUUAGCAAAUUUUAAUCAGUUAUUAUAAUACUACUAUUAACUUUUAUAUCAUUACUAUUAUUAUUUAUAAAAAUGAUAAUUAACAACAACUCUUAUACUAAAAAAAUAUAUACAAUUAACUACGUAAUUUUUUAAAGACUAUAAUAAUUAUAUGUAAUUUUAAGGCCUUGGUAAAAAUAAUUGUAUAAAUUUCAUUAGAUUUUUUUUUCUUUUCUGUACAAAACUAAAAAUACGUUAAUUUACUCCGUCAU